UUAAAAGUAGUUGAUGUGAUAUGUUGAAUAAUGUUUAGGUUGGAGAUGGUAACACAGACCAUUACUGUUGGCAAAGACCAGAGGACAUGACCACUUCAAGAGCCGCUUACCGGAUCGAUCCAAGCCGCCCUGGAUCUGAUCUUGCCGGGGAGACAGCAGCCGCCAUGGCUGCUGCUUCCAUCGUCUUUCGGAACAGCAACCCUGCCUAUGCCAAGGAGCUCCUAACUCAUGCCUAUCAGCUAUUCGAGUUUGCAGACAAAUACAGAGGCAAAUAUGAUAGCAGUAUUACUGUGGCCCAGAAGUACUACCGAUCUGUCAGUGGGUACGCGGACGAAUUACUGUGGGCCGCUGCCUGGCUGUACAAGGCAUCUAACAAGCCGUAUUACUUGAACUAUCUCGGGGAGAACGGGGAUGCACUUGGUGGAACCGGUUGGUCCAUGACCGAAUUUGGCUGGGACGUCAAGUAUGCUGGUGUUCAGACUCUUGCUGCUAAGUUCCUAAUGCAAGGAAAUGCUGGUACCCAUUCACCUGUGUUUGAGAAGUAUCAGGAAAAGGCUGAGAACUUUAUGUGUGCAUGUCUCGGAAAGGGUAACCAAAACAUCCACAAGAGUCCAGGAGGUCUCAUUUUCAGGCAGAGAUGGAACAAUAUGCAAUUUGUCACAAGUGCUUCAUUCCUUGCCACUGUCUACUCUGACUAUUUGGCCUCUGCUAGAAAAACCCUCAAGUGUUCAUCUGGCUCCGUAUCACCAACCGAGCUCCUGGCAUUUGCCAAGUCACAGGUUGACUACCUUCUUGGAGAUAAUCCAAGAGCCACAAGUUACAUGGUUGGAUAUGGAAACAAUUACCCGAGACAAGUUCACCACAGAGGUUCCUCCAUCGUCUCUGUGAAGGUUGAUCCUACUUUUGUUACCUGCCGUGGAGGUUAUGCUACCUGGUUUAGCAGAAAAGCGAACGAUCCCAAUCUUCUAACCGGAGCCAUUGUUGGCGGACCUGAUGCUUAUGACAAUUUUGCUGAUCAAAGAGACAACUAUGAGCAAACUGAACCAGCUACCUAUAACAAUGCUCCCUUGAUUGGUGUGUUAGCAAGACUCCAUGGUGGUAAAAGUGAAUAUAGUCAGCUUCUUCCAGUUGCUAUUCCUCAGCCAAAACCGGAUCCAGAGCAAAAAGUAACGCCAGCCCCAGCUUCUGACAUUGCUAUUGAGCAAAAGGAAACAUCUUCAUGGGUUCACAAGGGGAAAACUUACCACAGAUACUCAGCAAUAGUAACUAACAAGUCUUCUAAGACACUGAAGAACUUGAAGCUCUCAGUAUCCCAGCUCUAUGGUUCUCUCUGGGGUCUUUCAAAGUAUGGUGACUCCUACGUAUUUCCCGACUCGUUGCCAUCUGGAAAAACCUUCGAGUUUGUGUACAUUCACUCUGCUAAUUCUCCUGCAGUGGUCUCCGUAUCAAGCUACACUCUUGUCUAAAAUGCGAGAGUUUCUUUUUUGUGCAGCUGUUUGUAAUUUUCAACUUCUGGUUGGUUAGUAGUUUGAGUUAUUAGUGCUUUAGUUGAUGAUCAAGUGUAGGUUAAAUAAAGUAAGACGGAUAUCUGGAGGAAGAAAGGAGUGAAGAGACGAAUUAAAACAAGUGCUCAUCCUCUUUCUUCUCCCACUUCAUUUUGUCACAGGAUCGAUGCAUAGUAUUUGAAAGAAAUUUGCUUCUCCACAAAGAUCAUAUGAAGUCUUUCUUUUCCUUUGUAUUUAUGCAACUUCAAGGUUUUCGUGUUUAUAAUAUUUUCUCCUCUGGUUCUUGCGA